AUGCCGAAUAGAUGUGUUGCUGGCGGAUGUUCAAAUGUACCAGAUACUUCCAGGAAUAUUGCACUUUAUAAAUUCCCUAAAGAUGAUCAACAAAAUAAGAAAAGAAGACGGCUGUGKAUCAACUUUGUGUUAACAAAACGAUCGCAGUGGUCACCAACAGACAGUUCGAGACUAUGCUCUGAGCAUUUUACAAGUGAAGAUUUCGAAACCACUUUCGUCGCGAUACCUGGAACUAGUUUUGUUCAACGCCUUAGCUUGAAAAAAGACGCUGUGCCGUCUAUUCACAAGGAGGUCGCCGUUAAAGUCACUAACAUUAUCGAGUCAAACCAAAGGAACACCAAUGUUCAUAAUUCACUGACUAGAGAUGAAAAGGAAGAACUUAGAACAUCAUCAAAUUCUGACUCAGAGGACUCAGAUGUGUUAGAGGAAGAGAAAAUAACUGAAACAUGGGAAGAAACAACUGAAACAUGGGAAGAAACAACUGAAACAUGGGAAGAAACAACUGAAACAUGGGAAGAAACAACUGAAACAUGGGAAGAAACAACUGAAACAUGGGAAGAAACAACUGAAACAUGGGAAGAAACAACUGAAACAUGGGAAGAAACAACUGAAACAUGGGAAGAAACAACUGAAACAUGGGAAGAAACAACUGAAACAUGGGAAGAAACAACUGAAACAUGGGAAGAAACAACUNAAAGGAAAAGAUCAUGUAAGUGA